AGUCUGCGGUUGAUUUCCCCUCAGUAACGUCUCGCAGACACUUUGCAUGAUAACGAGAUGUCUGCUUCACAUUCGAGAGUACAUGUUGUUUGCAGAAGAGAAAAACACAAUUUGCUCAACAAGAAAGUCGGGUUGUGAAAUCCUUGUCAUGCUUCUUUCUGUUAUUUAUUUAAACUCAACACACACACACACACACACACACACACACACACACACACACACACACACACACACACACACACACACACACACACACACACACACACACACACACACACACACACACACACACUCCUGGUGACUCACUCCACUCUCAAAUGAUAACUUUAAAGCAUGCUUUGCUGAAUCCUCAGUGCGAGGAUUUAACUAAAAUCAUCACGGAAAGAAAGAGUUAGAUGUUGACGGCGGGAGCUGGACGUCUCUCGUGUUUCUCUUCGCUCUGCGGACGAACUUGGAGCGUUUUCUGAGAGGAAGCUGCUUCCACCGCAGUUUACAGCGACUAUAAAUAUUGUCAUCAGUGCCCAGAAGAAGGAUUAAAGAGUGGAGUCUCGCCCACUUUAAUGCUCCGUAAAAAAGUUUGUGAAUCAUCAGCUGCAGGACAAGAGGUCAUAAACCAUUCAACUUUAUUCUGGAGCCUCUCUAAGCAUAUUGAAACAGUUAGAACGUGCCCAAAAACUAUAUAUAUUGAAUAUGCAAACUUGCACAUUCAGAGUUGUUGUUAAAUACAGACAUAACAUCAAUUAAGGCUUAGUUUUUCAAAAUAAAAGCCUCAGAAAGUAACUAUCUCUACAGGAAGCUCAGGGAUACUAACAGGGAGCUCCAAGUGGGGCUUGUUUUUCAAAAUAAAAGCCCAAGAAACACAUUUUAGUUACAAAAAGCUCGAUUUUUUGUUUGUUUUUCAAAACAAAAGACCUUGUAACAAAUUGUUGUUACAAUAAGCUCAAAUAAAGGUUUUUGUUUUUCAAAAUAAAAGCCCAAGGAACAAGAAGCUUAAAUAUAGGUUUGUUUUUCAAAAUAAAAGCCCCAGAAACAAACUUUUGUUACAAAAAGCGGGGUCAUAAAACAAACAACUUUAUUCUGGAGCCUCAGUGAACAUAUUAAAACAGUUUUAACAUGUGUGACCAAACACUAUUUAUAUAUUGAAAAUACAUUGUUGUUAAUUACAGACAUAGAUAGCUUUAACAUCCAUUAGGCUUAGUUUUUCAAAAUAAAAGCCUCAGAAAGUAACUGUAUCUUUACAGGACGCUCAGGGAUACUAGCAGGGAGCUCCAAGUGAGGCGUGUUUUUCAAAAUAAAAGCCCCAGGAAUCAACAAUAUGGCUACUGCUAUGAAAACCUACUAAGCACCACAAUCAUCUUGAGUUUUAAAUGUUGUACUAACUGAUCUCCUCUCUCCCCCUCAGAGGUGGAGAAGGACCUGGCUAAACUGGCAGAAGUGGGUAAAAUGACGAGUCGUAUCUCCAACAAUCCUCUCUCUCUGCACCACACCCCCUUCCUCCCCCCGAUACACCCCCCCCCACCGCCACCUCCCCGACACCCUGCCCCUCACCAUGGGCCGGACUCCAUCUCCUAGCAACCUUAGCAGCAGGAGUACAACUCCCAGAACCCCCAGGACUCCCAUAACUCCCAACAGCCUGCUGAGGCGCUCCAGUUUUGACCGAGGAGCCCAUAAAGAGGUGACCUUCAGGAGGUCAAGGAGCCGCCCUGUGACCCCCACCUGCCAGCCGGCCAGACCCCGACCCCUGCUGACCCCCCCGGGACUCAGCACCACCGACAGCCUGGGGGCCAGCCUGAGGGCGUACCUGUCAGAGGAUGAGUUUUACCGGCAGCCGUGGAAUAUUCCCAGCGACACGGAGAGCGACGUCCUGGAUCCUCCUGAGCAGGACAACAGUGGUGCUCGAGAUGCCAAAAAGAGAUCAUUGUUUUCAGGUCUAUAGUGACGAACUCCAGAGGCUCUGAUCCAAACUAUUAUGCAAACCGCUGGACCUUUUCAAAAUGUGUACAGAGACAAUUAUUUUUAUACUUCAUACUGAAAAAAGAUUGUAUACUUUUUUCACAGAUAUUUCAUAAACAUUGUACGAAAACAACUGUCCAAAUAUAACUCCAGAGUACAGAUAUUACAUUUAUUUUUGUUUGCUCUUUAGCAUGCGACUGCACUGUUACUCACAACAGACUGAAUGCUGUUAUAUUAAAAUGAUUUGGUGCACAUGUC